UAUGGCCACGGGUAAACGGAAAAUGCGUCUAUUAAUUCUAACUUAGAAGUUUAUGUAAACUAUAAAUAAUUAAAAUACAAAAUGAUUUCAUUAAAAUAUGCAAUUCGAUUUACAUCCUGUAGCUGGUAGAAUGUUAAAAUUUAACCAGUGGCAACACUUUGGCUCGGUAUCAGCCUAUCGCAGAUCACGGUUUCGCUAUCACUAUCAGUAUAAUUCAGUAUAGCACUAACGAGGCAGGCUUGAGUUCGCUUAUACAUUAUUUUGUUUUUACACCUUUAUUUCAUUAUGAGCGCACUAUUCACCCUUGACUUUACCGUGUACUAUUUAAAAUUUUGUAAUCGUUAGUAAUUUCUGUACGGUAAUCAGCAUAGUUUCUUUCUGAUAUACAACGAUUUCAUUAAGCGCCGAAAACUGAUUGAUACCGAUUUUAAAGAGUUGAAUUAAAAUCAACAUCACAAUGGAUUGCGAAGUGUGUAAAUUAAAAAAAGUUGAGCCGGAACAUUACGAAACGGAAAAACACAUAAAAAAUAAAUAUCUCAGACAAUUUGCGCUAAACAAAUCACAUUUUGUAAACUACAAAAAAGGAUUAGCAUCAGUGUCAUGCGAUGUGCAGUCGAGUUUCUCGUCUGUCGUCGACCAGAAAGAAGGCAAAAUCAAUAUCUCAGCCAAACCCAAUGAAGAAGUCAUUUUCAAAUUCACAAUUCGUAAUGACAGUCAUAAGAGCUAUAUCAGUAUAGCUUUCAUCAAAUUGGUUCAUUCACAGUUCAAUUUCAUAAUGAACCGACAUAGUUUUGAGACGGGAUGCAUUGCAAGGACUUUGCCACCACAAAAUAAACUGACGGAAGAAAUAACUGUGACAUUCAGUUCUCCGGAAAUCGGUCAGUAUGAGACACCGAUAAUAUUCUUCUUUCAUAACAAAGAUACUAACGACCACAUCGUAAUUAUGAGGGAGAUGGUGGUUUUCGUCGAGGGGACCCAAGUUACGCACAACCCUAUAAUAAGUCCUUAUGCGAGGAAGCAAGUUUGGGCCAAGAUGAUUUAUAAAUCCAGCAUCGUCGAGCGGUGCACAGACGUGUUCUGCGUGCCAAAGAAAAGCAAAGAAAUCUUCUAUCACCAGUUGAAACUGCCAGACAAUGCCGACGAAAUGGAUAUUGAACUGUUGGCUGAUAUCAAAAAAAUCUUUACCACGGGUGUAACUAAAGACAACUACGUCAAAUUCUUCCACAACUUGCUUUGGCUUGAAGAAACCAUGAUUCGAGCGAAUCUAAAGAAUUACAACAUGUCGGCUAUAACCAUGAAGGCUCAGAUGAGCAAUCACCAUGGACCCUGUUACGCACUCGAGGUGCCAGGGCUUGGAGAAAAGAGACCCUCUCUAAUGAUCGGGGACAUGUUGCACGUAAAGCCACACGCCCAUAACGACUUUAUGUUUGAAGCCGUUGUCAAGGAUAUUAACGAUAAUGUUGCUCUCGUCGGGGGAUUGAGCUCUGAGUUCACAAAGCACUACGGACCUACAGUGCUGUUCGACAUCCGUUUCUUCAUGUCUCGCAUCCCGCUGGAGCGCAUGCACCACGCCGUCCACAACGUCAGGAUGGUGAACCAGGAGUCCAGGAUAUUCCCCAAGGAGAACAAGAAUAUGUGUGCUGUGCAGCCUAUCUCCAACUUCUUCAACGUGCUGGUGGAGGGCAACCUGGAGCAGCGCUGCGCGGUGGAGCGCAUCGUGUCGGGCAGCCCGGGCGCCGCGCCCUACCUGCUGCACGGCCCGCCCGGCACCGGCAAGACCGUCACCAUCGUCGAGGCCAUCCUGCAGUUGGUACACAGGAAUCCUAAAAACCGCAUCAUGGUGUGCACGGACUCCAACAUGGCGGCCGACCACGUGGCCACCAUGAUCAUUCGGUACUCGCACAUGUUUGGCGAUAAGUUCAUGCUACGUGCCAGCUCCAAAUUCAGAAACUGGGACACAUUACCUGAAUGCCUGGCGCCGUUCUCCAACGGCACUUGUCGGCAGAACUUCGAGAAUGUGGAGAUAGAAGAUUUCAGGAGAUACAAGAUUGUCAUCACCACACUAUCGCAUGCGGCCAAAUUUGGAAGGGCGAUGCGCGUGAAGUCCCUAAUGCCGCACAUCUCGCAGCUGUUCAUCGACGAGGCGGCGCAGGCGUCGGAGCCGGCGUGCCUGAUCCCGGUGUGCGGCCUGCUCACGCCCGGCGGCACGCUGGUGCUGGCCGGCGACCCGCAGCAGCUCGGGCCCGUCGUCAUCUCCAGCCUCGCCAACAAGCAGGGCUUCGGUAUAUCUCUAAUGGAGCGCCUGAAGAAGUCGUCGUCGCCUCUGUACAGCGACAUCCGUAACGACCCCAACUACGUGGUGAUGCUGCGGAACAACUUCCGCUCCAACCCUGACAUCAUCGAUAUACCUGAUAAACUCUUCUAUAAAGGACAGCUCAGGGCUCUAGCCAAAGAGGACACUAUAAGUAACAUCGACAUACUAGGUGAGCACCCUCACAGCCGCGCUGUCGUGUUCCACGGCGUACUAUCCAAGGAGCAGAGGAUUGGUAAAUCACCGAGUUUCUUCAACGUGAUGGAGUGUGAGAUAGUGCAGCUGUACGUGAAGCGCCUUGUGAUGGUACACAACGUGCUCAUGCAGGACAUCGGUAUCGUCACUCCGUAUAUCAGACAGGUGUACCAAAUAAAGAAGUCUCUCAAAGAUAUCGGCUAUGACAAGAUCGAAGUGGGCACAGUGGAAGCUUACCAGGGCAAAGAGAAGAGGAUCAUUAUAAUAUCUACAGUUCGCGCCAACUGCAACCUGCUGGAGCAUGACGCUAAGUUCCAGCUCGGCUUUCUAGUAGACCACAAACGCUUCAAUGUUGCCAUAACCAGAGCCAAAGCAAAAGUGAUAAUCAUAGGCAAUCCAUUAUGUCUCGAGAGGGAUAGCAAAUGGCAGAUGUACAUACAGAAGUGCCGUGAACUCGGCACCUACCACGGGUUCGACUCGCGCGACUUUGACGACGAGCGAUGCAGGGAGAUAGUGGACAGCAUCACGCCAAUGCUGGCCAAGCUCAAAGCCGCCACAGCCACCAAGAAACCCAAGAAGAAAAAACUGAAGACUAGCACAAGCACGAGCUCAAGCCACCAACCCGACCUCUUCGGGGAUAUGUAAGGCAUUAGCUGAUGAUCAAAACAUCAACAAUACGAAAGCACAAUAACAUUUUACAUAAAAAAACUUUUUCCCUUUUAGGUAAGAUAACCGCAUUUACUAAGUAUUUUAUGUCAGCAACUGCGAUCACCAACCCGCCUAUCUAUCGCAUGGUGUUAACGGCAUUCCCGAACUUAUUACUUAUUGCAGUCGAUGGGGAAGGCCAGCAGUUGCUAAGGACAUGUCUAUUCAUAUUUUUGUAGUAUGUAGCGUCGAUGAAAUCGAUACCGUGGAAACAUUCCACUUUGUAACUGUAGGUGUCAAAACAUCUGUAUUGUUUUUUACCCCGCUAACACGUUCGUUACCAAAAAUGUAUUAUGCCGUAUUCGGCAAACUUAGUGAUAAGUACAAUUGAGGGUUUAGACUCGCCUUUGUCGCAAUCGCACUCAGCCGCGGCGGUUGAGUGGUGAUGAUGAGUAUUUGAUGUUUUCUAUAAUAUUGUCGUAGAUUUGAUGUUGUAAUAAUAAGUGAGAAGGAUCUCAUAUUACUUGUAAUCCGGCAGCGAACGUGUCAGCCCCAUAUUUUUGUCCUCGUGACGUCUGAUGAAUGUGAUAUUUUUAUAGAUCGUGUUGUUUCACUCUUGGACCAUAGAGCAAUUAAACAGGAGUUUACACAUAAGAGUGUAUUAUCCUGGUCGUUUAGAUCAGCAUUUUGGCGUCAAUUAAUUUUAAAAAUAGUAUGUGCCUAAUGGAGCAUUUCUCGUCACAAGAUAAAAUUCAAUAACAGACAGAAGUAAGUACUUUUAGGUAUAUUUUUCUAGAUCUCAUUUAAACUUUAAAAUUAACUAUAUUUUUUAACGAAACGAAAACUAUAGUUUUUUAUUGUAAUAACUUUCGUGUAGCGGAUUAUUAAUUAAUAAUUAUAAUUCCGCCCUGCCUACCAUAACAAUCCUGUAGUUUGUUUGUGAUAAGUCUUGUAAGGACAUAAUUAUAUUUUAAUGGUAAGAGGCACAACGUUUGUCGUAUUGGUGCGUUACUUCGAAAGUUCUCCUUUGUAAAAGGCACAAGUGUUAUGAUAACUCCAGUUUAUCUGCUCUAAACUAUUAAAAUUUGAUUUAUGACCUGUUUCCGUCUAGUAAUUAAGAAUCUCAUAAUGAGGCAAGCGCCAAACUACUGGCCAAGCACAAUAUGUUUAUGUAGCAGUAGCUAUUAAGAAUAUUGAAUCUUUGCAGCCAAAGAUCUGUAUUAGUUUUUAAAGACAUGAUUAUCUUUUAUAAUAGGAAUAAAUUAAGAAAUAAUAAGUGUUUGUUCUAUUUCAAUAGAUGGAUUUUGUAGUUGACACUGGCAACAAAUAUUGUGCCAAUUCUCAUAUAUUUUUAUUUUGCUGGCAAUUGUGAUAUUAUUUGCUGAUUUAUAUAAAUGUUCUUAUUAAGAUGAAAUUAAUGAUUUUUGCACUAGGUUAAGAGAGAAGUGAGGACAUUUCGUAAAUUGUAACAUGGUUACAGGCAGAUAAAGAGUAUUGAACUAUGAAUACAUAUUUGUUUUGCCUGGUGUGUUUACAGGGAAAAACACUAAGCCAAGAUUUUUCCAAAUUCUCCUAAGAUAAUGUUUUGUAUACGUAUUUAUGGAUUGGCAAUGUUUUUAUUUUUACAAAAUUUACAUUUAAUU